AUGGACGGGAAAUCCUUCCCACCCGGUCCGCCGUCCGAGCGGCCGGCGCACGUCGCCAUGCUUCGUUCAGUCUCCGAGGUGACAUCGCGGCACGGCGCGGAGAGGCUUUCGGCUAGCAACCUCCCAACCGCUUUCCGGCAGACCGUUAGGGCAGUGACGCCCGACCUGACCGAGGCCGCGCACAGUUGCGUGGACGAGACCGGGAGCAGCGUGUCGCAGGCUCCACUCGACUUUGUGUCGCCGCAGUCAUCUCCCAGGUCCAUUGCCUCUGCCACAGCCGGCUUGCCAGCCCGGCGUCAGGGCGUUGUGUUCAACGACGGGUUUCCAAAGGCUUUUGACAACGCGUCAACCAGUCCCCCCGUGCGCGCGACCUCCUUUAGGCCGAGAACGCAUACCAUGGAUGGCGCGUUCCGGCAGCAGCUGGCCCCUACCGUGGAGGUGCGCAAUAGGAUGGGCUCCUUUUCAUCAGCCGCGUCCUAUCCGGCUAGCGAUGACCUGAGAUUGCCGUCUCUGCAUUCGUUUGAGCCGUACAAGCAGACGGAUCCUCAGCCAGCCGCCAGCAUCGCGACGCCCAAAGACAAGAAAUCGUCCGGGUCCAGGAGCCGCUUGACCAAGCGGCCGUCGUCGCGGCCGAGCUCCCCUCUCUCAUCCCUCCCGCCCUCGGUCGACUCCCUCCCGUUGCCGGUGCCCACCACCGAUGCCAACAAGGUGCUGCUCCUCAUGAAUAACCUGUGCGGGCGGAUGCGCGGCGAGGUGGAGUACCGGAAGGACGUCAACGAGCCCUGGCUCGGCGGUAUGUGCUAUAUCGAGGAGGAGAAAGGGAGUCUUUUGUUCGACCCUGGCGACAGCGGCCCGUUCCAUAGCGUCUUGAUCCCCGACCUCCGGGGCUGUCGAGUGGCGCCAGUGGAAUCGCUGGGCAGAGAUGCUGCUCCGUGUCUCGAAAUAACCAGCCCACAGCUCGGCAUGGCGCUUUUCCUGCGGCCGCUGGUGGCGGAAGAGUUCGACCUCUGGCUGGCCGCGUUGCUCUGUUGGCAGCAGUUGCGGCCGCCCGGCACGAAGCCCCAGAGUGUGCGCCCCAGCAACGUCGUCCCCGGCUCUGCGCCAACGAGAGUGGAGAUGAAACGCCGCGUCUCGUCGCCGGGCCUCAGGAGCGCUGCCAUCAUCAAAGUGGGCAAGAUCAUGUUGUGGGACAAGGGUGCAGCGUCUUCCCCGCGUGCAAUCGUCCGGCGGCCUUCGACGCGCGAUCUGCGGUCGUCCCAGACGUGCUGGAGACGAGUGUCCUGCAUCCUGCACGACAAUGGCGAGCUCAAGAUCAUGACGGAAAAUGACGUGACUGUCCUCUCGGUGAUCGAGCUCUCCCAGCUCGCAAGGUCGGCCAUCCAGCAACUCGACAGAUCCGUGCUGGAUGAGGACUACUGUCUGGCCAUUUUCCCGAGCUACGCGACGACGUCGACCCAGCUCUCGAUAUUCAGGCCCGUGUACAUCUCCCUCGAAAGCAGGGUCCUGUUCGAGGUCUGGUUUGUGCUGCUGCGCGCGUUCACCAUACCCGAUGUGUACAGCUUGGAUCCCGCGAACGGGGGCCGAGUGUUUGAGGUGACAGAUCUCCAGCGGGAACCGGCCGGCGAAACAUUCAGGUUGGAAAAGACGAUAUCUGUUAGAAUCACCGAGGCCAAACUGCGAGGCCGUACCUGGGUCGGAGAAGCGGCCUACGGAGAGCGACACAGGAAAGACCCCGACCCGGACCCCGUCACUGGUAACUAUCUAGCUGAAGUCAUGCUCGACGGCGAGGUUCGCGCCAGGACAACGACGAGGAUGGAUACCAAGAAUCCGUUCUGGCGCGAAGACUGCGAAUUUACCGACCUCCCUUCUUCCCAGCCAUACCUGUCCAUACUGCUAAAGAGAGUCGACGGCAACGCGGAGAGGUUCGCUCACCAGAUCCAAUCCACGCUGGGUUUUGCGAAGACGGGCAGCGUGACGGAAGUAGUGUGCGGCUCCGUCGACAUACCGCUGCAUCAGAUGGAGGGCGGCAAAGACCACGAACAGUGGCUCCAGAUCUGCGAUGACCGACACCAGUCGAUUGGAUCCAUGCUCGUGAGAGUGCAUCACGAAGAAUUCGUCGUCCUUCUCCAGCGACACUACCAGCCGCUCUCCGAGCUUCUGCACCGCUUCAGCUCGGGGCUUACAGCCCAGAUUGCGGAGGCUCUGCCGGGCAGCCUGCGCCGGCUCGCUGCGCUAUUCGUCAAUAUCUUCCAGGUCUCCGGAAACGCCAGCGAAUGGUUCAUGAGCAUGGUGGAGGAGGAAAUCGACGGGAUCGGGAGUCAAACGCCGCUGAGGAAGCCGAGAUUCAGCGGCCGUCUCAAGUCCGGUGAUUCCAUCGAGACCGCCGUCGAUCGCGAGCAGGUAGUGCGCGACUUGGGCAGGUCGCUGCAGGGCGAGGCCAAUCUGCUGUUCAGGGGCAACUCGCUGCUGACACAAGCCCUGGAAUUCCACAUGCGCCGCCUGGGCAGGGAGUAUCUGAGAGAGACGCUUGCCGACAAAGUCUCCGAGAUCAACGAGAGCAACGCGAGCUGCGAAGUCGACCCCAGCAAGGUGCAGCACGGUGAGAACGUCGAGGAGCACUGGAGCCGGCUUAUCCAACUUACGACCGAAAUCUGGAACUGCAUCGUCGCCUCCGCCACCCGUCUGCCUCCCGAGUUGAGGCUGAUCCUCAAGUAUAUCCGCGCCGUCGCCGAAGACCGCUACGGCGACUUUCUGCGCACCGUGUCCUACACGUCUGUGUCCGGCUUCCUCUUUCUCCGCUUCUUCUGCCCGGCCAUCCUCAACCCGAAGCUUUUCGGCCUCCUCCGCGACCACCCCCGGCCGCAGGCGCAGCGCACGCUGACCCUGAUCGCCAAGUCGCUGCAGGCGCUCGCCAACCUGUCGAACAUCGGCAAGAAGGAGACGUGGAUGGAGCCCAUGAACCGCUUCCUCACCGCACAACGCCAGGCGUUCAAGGACUUCCUCGAUGCCGUCUGCGCCAUCCCCGCCGACCGCACAAAGCCCCUGCUGCCGGCAUCCUACUCCACGCCCGUCACGAUCCUCGGCCGGUUGUCUCCGCUGGCCCGCGAAGGCUUUCCCUCUCUCCCUUACCUCGUCGACCAAGGCCGCAACUUCGCCGCCCUCGUCAAGCUCUGGGCCGACGCGCACCCAGCCUCCGCCAGCGAGUCUCAGGUCUACGCAGGUGACCUGCUCAGAUUCCACACCCUGUGCAUCGACCUGCACCAGCGCGCCACGGACUGUCACGUGCGGAUCGAGGCAAUUCGGUCUGCCGAGAUGGCGAGCCAACUAGCCGACGACAACCUCGGCCUGUCCGACGUGAUGGAUCGCAUCAGCCUGGGCGACGUGCUGCGCACAUCCGCCACCACCAACGGCGGGAGCACGGCAGUGUGGACCGAGGGCGAGGACGGCCCGCCGGGAUCGUCGGGAAGUGACGUGGAUUCGUCCGUGUCCCCGCCAUUUGGCACCAUCAGCAUCAGCCGCGAGACCCGGCACGGCAGCUUCGGCCGCGAGUUUAGCUCCAGCUCCCUGCGCCAGCUAGCGCGGAACGCCGAGGCCUCGAUCAGCCAGGGCGGCGGGGCCACAGUACGCAGCCUGCGCAACGGCAUCCAUCCGCGAAAGCUCCUCAGCGGCUUCAUCCGCAAGUCGAGGGCCGUCUCGCCCGAUGCUGCUCUAGCCCUGGGGUCUACCAUGGCGCCGUUCUCCGCUGUCGUCAGUCGGGGAGAACGUGAACGUGACAGAGAUGCUGAUCAGCAAACCCCAAAGGAUCCUAGUACUGGUAGCAGCAACCGACACUGGGAGAGAAUCAGGGAUAGGGACCGGGAUAGGGGCUCAGGGGUGGCAGAGUCAAGGCAGCCUGAAACGGUCGCGCGGUCUUGA